UGGUCCCUUUGCCAAAAUAAACCGACCACAUACCAAGAGUUCCUUGUCCGCGCCCAAAAUUAUAUCAUGGCUGAGGAAUCCUCGUCCAUCCCGGUGCUCGAUGCCGCGUCAAACAAGGGAAAGGCGAAAGAUGAAAAGUUAGGAAAAUCGGGAAAAUCAUUUGCCGAGAUCCGAGCCAUGAGGAGGCAGAAAGUGGAGGAGCUCAAGGAGACCUUUCAAGGUGUCUUUUCAGUAGGUGCCGCGGCCGUCUACGAGGAGAUUAAGACCAAAGGGUUGCUACCGGACCCAAAGCCGAUGCUCACCGAUAAGGACAAGGUGGACAAAUCCCGUUACUGCACCUACCACAAGGCUCACGGACACAACACCGACCAGUGCCGAAACCUGAUCUCGGCACUGCUCAAAUUGAUUGAGGACCCGCACGUUAAAAGGUUUACCCAUUCAGGGGACAAGAGGAAGAAGGGAGGCCGUUUCGAGGACGGCCUCGACAGUGAAGACGAAGCCGACGUGAAUCCACGAAGGAAGAAGCCGCAACAGGGCGGCCCCAAUGAGAUCCUGACAUUCAACCCGGCAUAUCAGGGCGAGGCCGGCACCUCGAGGGGCCAGAAGCGAAAUCGGUCCCCUUCAUCGGGGGCCGACCAGACCUACUCCCCACCCUGGCGUGUGAACACCAGCCGAGCAGAAUCCCUCCUGUCGAGAAGACAGACCAAGGCUUAUGCCCGACAAGCCUAUCAUGCCGGGCAAAGGGUGAUGCACGCCGGGAGUAGACCGGCACCUGAACCGACUCCCAACAAGAUCUCAUUCACAGACGAAGAUGCUUUUCUCUUUGACCAUCCCCACUCCGACGCGUUGGUCAUCACCGCGCCUAUCAUGGCAAUCAAGAUCCACCGCAUCAUGGUCGACACUGGGGCCUAUGCGAGUAUACUCUACUACAACACUUUCAAGAAGAUGGGGAUAGAUUCAAAGGACGUGCAACCGUGCCGAGAACGGAUCCAGGGCUUCAACGGACGUAUGACCACCCCGGUCGGCCAAGUCACAUUGCCGAUUCGGUUCGGAGAAAAGGGGCAACCCACGAGAACCAUCCUCGAGACCUUCAAAAUCGUAGACUGUCAGAGCGAGUACAACGCCAUCAUAGGCAGGACAACGCUUUAUAAGUUAAGAGGCGCCCCAAUGGACGAAGUCGAGAUCAUUUUCAUCGAUGAAGAAACUUGUCAAAAGCAACUCCGAAUUGGGAGCCGGUUACCGGAACCACUGAAGGCCGAACUAAUCAAAUUCCUUAGGGAGAAUGCGGACGUCUUCGCGUGGACCCACGAAGACAUGGUCGGCAUCGACCCGAAAGUUGCCUGCCACAGACUUCAGGUCGACCCCAUGGCCAAACCCGUGGUGCAAAAGCGGAGAAAGCUCGGCCCUGAUCGCCAACAAGCCCUCGAGGAGGAAGUGAUAAAGUUGAAAGGCAACGAGUAUGUCCGGGAGGUCCGGUACCCGACCUGGGUCGCCAAGCCGGUCCUCGUGAAGAAGAACAAUGGGGCGUGGCGCCUGUGCAUAGACUUUUCCGAUCUGAACAAGGCGUGUCCCAAAGAUAGCUACCCCUUGCCCCACAUCGACUAUAUGGUAGACGCCACCUCGGGACACGAGCUGAUGAGCUUCAUGGACGCGUACUCGGGAUACAAUCAAAUAUCCAUGCACCCCGACGACGAAGAGCACACAUCUUUCUACUCGGCACGCGGACUCUACUGUUACACGAUGAUGCCAUUUGGACUGAAGAAUGCCGGGGCAACCUACCAACGUCUUGUUAAUAAAAUGUUUACUAGUUUGAUAGGUGUGAGCAUGGAAGUGUACGUAGAUGAUAUGUUGGUAAAAUCCGUGUACGCGUCUGAUCAUGUUAACGAUCUCAAUAAAAUGUUCUCUAUUUUGCGUGAUUACUCGAUGAAGUUAAAUCCCAAAAAAUGUACGUUUGGUGUCGGGUCCGGGAAAUUCCUGGGCUACAUUGUUAGCCAACGCGGCAUCAACGCGAGCCCCGAAAUGAUCCGGGCAGUACAAGACCUCCGACCACCAACCUCGAUCAAGGGAGUCCAAAGUCUAAUCGGCAAACUCGCCGCCCUAAGCCGGUUCAUCUCCAAGUCGACGAACCGGUGCAAGCCCUUCUUCGACGCAAUCAAGAAAAAUCACAAGUUUGAGUGGACCCCCGACUGCCAAAAAGCACUGGAAGCCAUUAAGGAGACCCUCUGCCGGGCCCCGACGAUGCAAAAGCCCCGCCCGGGAGAAACACUCUACCUUUACCUAGGAGUAUCCGAAGUGGCCGUGAGUGCCGCCCUGAUCCGGGAGGAGAACUCUUGCCAACACCCGGUCUACUACGUGAGCAAGGCACUUCACGAUGCCGAGCUGCGUUACGCACCCAUGGAAAAGCUCGCUUUCGCACUGGUAACCGUUGCCCGGAAGCUGAGGCCGUAUUUAUUGGAGUACUCAAUCGCCGUUCUCACCUCUUACCCUAUUAGACAGAUCCUACAUCGGCCGGACACGUCCGGCCGGAUGGUGAAGUGGGCAGUGGAGCUGGGGCAGUACGACAUCCACUACCGACCCCGAACAGCAAUGAAGGGGCAGGUACUCUCGGACUUCAUAGCGGAAUUCACGCCGGGAAUUGAAGAAACAAAAACUGAGGAGCCAUGGGUGAU